UCGGCUAUGUCAUUUUUCUCGCGCAUAACCGAUUGCCCGACGCGGCUUGCCGUUAUUUCUAUAUCAAAAUUGCAACUUUUAAUUAAGUGUCUGUGUUGUCAAUUCGUUUAAAAUAACACAAUCAAUAUAACUUAAAUAAUGUGCUUAGAUAUCUUAUUAAAUGACCACAUAGGCAGUGACAUUUAAAAUGAAAAUUUCGAGGACAAUCAGUUAUAAAGCCAAUUAAAUCUGAUGAUGAUGGAUCACAGAGAAGGCGCAAUUUGCCAGGCAAACAUUACCGAUUUGUUAGCGGGCUCGUACAGCCAGGAUGUGUCAGUGUCCGUGAAGGCCGACGGCGAAGAAAAGUACAAUUGCGACGGGCGAGUUGAAUUCGCCGACAAUGUCUACACUUUCGGCGACAACAGCGGGUUCACCGACAGGUCGUCGUCACCCUCGCUGGACAACGGCGAAUCGAGCCAAUUCGGUGUGGAUUUAGCCGGGAAAUCGACGAAUUUGACGGGGAAAUCUUUUACAAUCGCCGCCAUUUUGGGCUUGGCGAAUGCUGAAGAAGAUGUGAUGAACCUCAGCGUGCAGGAGAGGCUACAGAGCCAGCGGCAGCUUAGGAAUUAUUUGUACGCUGGCCAUGAGAUGCAGAGGCUUAAUGACGGUUUCUGCAGACAUUUAGUUGGUGUACCCACUGCCAUAAGACAAGACAACGUUCGCUCCGAGUUGAGGCCGCAGACGACAGCUAUGAAAGGCACCAGAUUGCAUCACUCCACAUCAUGUAGUAAAAAAAAUAGCUCAGGUACAAGUAAGAGAAUAAGAACGAUCUUCACUCCUGAACAGCUGGAGAGGCUCGAGGCAGAGUUUGAGCGGCAGCAGUACAUGGUGGGGCCAGAGCGUCUUUACUUGGCGCAUGCGCUCCAGCUUACUGAGGCACAGGUAAAAGUGUGGUUCCAAAACCGGCGCAUCAAAUGGCGGAAGCAUCACCAAGAAGUGACUCAGAAGCGCCUCGCAGUGCUGCAACGACAUCGGCCGGAGCGGGAAGACGAUAUUAUGUGAACAUUACAUCGAUUCUAUUCACCUUGGAAUAUGGAAUCAAUGAAACAUAUGCCAGCUGAAAACCAGCGUGGUGGCUACCAGUCAUUGCACAAAGCUGAGCUGGGAUCCUUUUCAGCAUAGAUCUUAUUAGUUAAUAAGCAAAAUGUAAAAAUUGUAAUUUUUUUUCGACAAAUAAAGUAUCUACCUAUUUUUUCUUUCCUUUCAAGUAACACACGCUUUGCACGUUAUGUUAUGCCGGCAUAAUGUUAUGAACUGUUU